CAACCCUCCCACUCGAUGAAACAUUAACUUACAAGUUGUGGAAUAGAUCGGCCCUUUCUAUAUAUUGGCACUGCCUCUUCAUUGGUUGUUUUAACUUUACCAUCAACCCAAUUCCCAACUAGUGGCUGCUGUGCAAUAACGUACAAUUUGUCCACUCAAAUCCCCCGGCAAGAAGAAUGGGUUCCAUUGCUCGACCGGAGAAGAAGCCUCAUGCCGUCUGCAUACCAUUUCCAGCUCAAGGCCACAUAAAACCCAUGCUAAAGCUAGCCAAGCUCCUCCACCAAAAGGGUUUUCAUAUCACCUUUGUCAACACAGAAUUCAACCACAGGCGCUUGCUUAAAUCUAGAGGUCCUGAUGCCCUCAAUGGGUUGCCUGAUUUCCAAUUUAAAGCCAUUCCUGACGGACUUCCCCCUUCUGAUGUCGAUGCUACCCAAGAUAUUCUAAGCCUUUGUGAAUCUAUUGAUAGAAAUUGCUUAGGUCCCUUCAGGGAGCUACUUGCUGAACUCAACGAUACCUCUUCCUCAGAAGUGGCCCCGGUUUCUUGCAUAGUUUCCGAUGGAGCAACGACCUUCACUCUAGUAGCUGCUCAAGAACUUGGCAUCCCUGAAGUUCUUCUUUGGACCUCCAGCGCACCUUCCUACUUGGCGUUUUUCCAGUUUGACAAGUUUAUCGAAAAGGGUAUCAUACCACUCAAAGAUGCUAGUUAUUUGACAAAUGGAUAUCUAGAUACUGUUCUAGAUUGGAUUCCAGGAUUAGAGGGUAUACGCUUGAAGGAUCUUCCAAGCUUAUUACGAACCACAAAUCCCGAUGAUUUCAUGGUGAAAUUCGCCAUGCAAGAAACUAAGAGAGCUAGAAAGGCUUCUGCCAUCAUUAUAAACACCUUUCAACAACUGGAACAUGAUGUAUUAGAUGCACUUUCAUCUCAUCUUCCUCCAAUUUACACCAUUGGACCACUACACUUGCUAGAGAAUCAUAUGCAUGAUAAGUCUUUAACAGAUCUUCAAUCAAAUCUCUGGAAGGAAGAGCCAGAAUGUCUUGAAUGGCUUGACUUGAAAGAUCCAAACUCUGUGGUUUAUGUCAACUUUGGAAGCAUUGCUGUUAUGACACCCGAGCAAUUAGUCGAAUUUGCUUGGGGACUUGCUAAUAGCAAACAAAACUUUUUGUGGAUUUUAAGGCCAGAUCUUGUCUCAGGCAAUUCAGCUAUUCUGCCAAGUGAGUUUCUUGAAGAAACCAAAGAAAGAAGCAUGUUUGCAGGCUGGUGCCCUCAAGAGAAAGUUCUCAGCCAUCCUGCUGUUGGAGGAUUCUUAACUCAUAGUGGGUGGAAUUCCACAAUCGAAAGUAUUAGUUAUGGGGUGCCUAUGAUCUGCUGGCCAUUUUUUGCUGACCAACAAACUAAUUGCUGGUUUUGCUGCACUAAAUGGGGUAUUGGAAUGGAGAUAGACAAUAAUGUCAAGAGGAAUGAGGUUGAAGGCCUUGUUAGCGAGUUAAUGGCUGGAGAGAAAGGUAAGGAAAUGAAGAAAAAGGCCAUGGACUGGAAAAAAUUGGCAGAAACGGCCGUGACAGAUUCUAACUUGAAUCUUGAGAAUUUGAUUCAUCAAGUGCUUCUCAAUCCAAGUAUUUGAUACAUCAAGAACCGUGAAUUUAUAGAGUUGUUGUUGGGCUCAUUGAAUUUGAGAUUUGUUUAGAGAUUUUCUUUUUAAUUACUCAUACAUGCAUGGUUCGUUUUCAAAAAUGCUUCUUGAGUUCUUUAUUUCUUGUUUAAUUUUUCCCAUUGCUGAUCCGUUGUUUGCUGCAAUAUUUCUAUCAUAUUCGUAACUGGUUGAUGAAUGUACUUCGGCAUUUAUAUUUCCUAAA